AGGACAAACGGAGGAUGUUUGUUUCCCUGAACUGUGCGGAUUUAUUGAGCUGGUUUGGAUAAAAAGCAGGAUUUUACCGCUCGGUGACUGAAAGCCGCUGCUUCUCGUCCUGCGCGUGGCUCCGCUGCAGCAGCAUGGGGAUACUGCUGUUAUUUGCGGUGUGGCAGGCUGCCGCGGUGGGUCUGGUGACGGCCGACUGUCCGGCGGUGUGUGAGUGCCCGGCGGGGCCCCCGUCGUGCCCCCCGGGGGUCAGCUCCGUCCCCGACGGGUGCGGCUGCUGCAAGGUGUGCGCCGCCCAGCUCAACCAGGACUGCUACGAGGGCCGGCCCUGCGACCACCACAAAGGCCUGGAGUGCAACUACGGCAACGACGUGGGGCGCACGCACGGCAUCUGCAGGGCAAAGGCGGAGGGCCGCUCCUGCGAAUACAACGGCCGUAUUUACCAAAACGGGGAGAAUUUCCGCGCCGGCUGCAAGCACCAGUGCACCUGCAUCGACGGGGCGGUGGGGUGCGUGCCCCUCUGCCCCAGCCACGUGCCCCUGGCGUCCCCGUCCUGCCCCGCCCCCCAGCUGGUCAAGGUGCCGGGCCAGUGCUGCCUCAGCGUCGACUGCCACAAGGGCGCCGCCGCGGUGCCCCCGGCGCACCGGCGGCCCCAGCUCCCGGCCUACCCGCCCUACCCCUUCAUCCCCUACCCGGCCUACCCGUACCCCAAGCCCUACCCCAAGCCGUUCCGCAAGCUCUUCCCGUACAAGCCCAAGAAGGAGAAGGACACCCUGGGCAACGAGCUGCUGGAGGUGGGCCGCAAGUGGGACCGCCCCCGCGGAAACAAGCACCUGGCAGCCUGGAGGCAGGUGGGAGAUCAGUGUGUGGUUCAGACCACUUCCUGGUCCCAGUGCUCCCGGAGCUGCGGGAUGGGCGUUUCCUCUCGGGUUACCAAUGACAAUGCCCGGUGUAAGCUGAUCAAGGAGACGCGCCUGUGCAACGUUCGGCCCUGCAGCUCCAUGUCCAUCCCCGUUAAGCGAGGCAGGAAGUGCUCUCGCACCCACAAGGCGCCGGAGCCCCACCGCCUGUCCUACGCCGGCUGCCGGAGCACCCGCCUCUACAGGCCCAACUACUGCGGCGUGUGCCGGGACGGCCGCUGCUGCUCGCCGCGCCGCACCCGCACGGCCAGCGUGAGCUUCGCCUGUCCCGACGGCGAGCGCUUCAGCAGGUCCGUCAUGUUCAUCCAGUCCUGCAAGUGCAGCGACGAGUGCAACCACCUGAACGAGGCCGCCAUGCCGCCGCAGCGGUGGCUCUACGGCGACACGCACAAGUUCAAGGACUAGCGGCGUGACCCCGCCCAACCUACAUUCCUUCAUUACAGCCAGACAAUAACUCCCCCCAUAGUAACGCCCAUUAUAGAGUAGCUGUCCUUAGUGUAUCUAUGAAUAGACGCCGGCGAGGCGCGCACGUCAAAACAUCUUUUCUGGAAGAUUAUUCGGGGAGGAACGGGCAGAAGAACCGGAGGGGCGAUCGGUAAAGCGACCAGCAACCCUGCUUUAGUGUAGAUGACAAACUCAGUAAACAAAAGACUUCUAACUCUUCGAGUAAAACAUGGAUGAAAAUGAACUCCGAACGUUCUCUGAACUCUGGGACUCGACGGGGAACUGAAGGAGCUCCGGUCCAGACGCCUCCAUGCACAGGCGGAAACGGUCCAGUGCUUUGGACGGAUCCACGUCGGAUCCGACGGGGAGCUGGUCUUGGUGAACCAGCCGGACUCGGGUCUGGGCCGGCGGAAGACGGAGGGGCGCCUCAGACUUCCUGUGUGUUUUUAUGGUAUUUAUUCACUGGUAUUUAUUGUGGAGACGGACACGAUGACACGGUGAAGGAGGCGCCGCUAUGUUUGGAGCGGCGGAACCAAACGGGGACGAGACAGCUGAGGGCUGUCAGUCUGGGACGGACCCUCGCGGGGGGAGCCGGAGGUCACGGCGGUCAGAGCGCCACAUCUAAUGAUGGAUGAUGAAGGGUUACGGGAGAAAGAAGAGGUAUGUACUGGUGGGGGGGGGGCGUCCAACCUGCUGGGUCGAGGCUUUGUGCGCAUUAGUGGGGGAAUAUGUCAGAGCUGUUUACACAGCUGGACUCAUCCCCGGCCUUCCCUCCACAAGACACCGAGACAUUUAGCAAGCACCAGAAGAACAAGCCUGGGAUUCUGGCGUCGCCGAGUCGACCACCUAAUUCCACGCAAAUUACAAUCC